AUGUCUCUAUUGAGAGACACGGUGCGACCAUCACGGUCAACCCGCCAAAUUCGCCGUCUCUGCAAAACAGUCAACCUCACCCAGCAAGAUCGCCGCUACAGCACAACCCCCGCCACCGGCGUCGCCGCCGCGGAAGUCGAAGCUUCGCACAAAUACUGCCUCAAUCUCCUUGCGAAAUAUGACCGCCCCUCCUACACCCUCAGCACCUUCAUCCCGCAACCCGCCCGCCCAACAUACAUCGCGCUGCGCGCCCUAAACUCAACAUUAUCCCUAAUCCCCGACACAACCUCCUCGCACACAAUCGGCCUAAUGCGCCUGCAAUUCUGGCGCGACGCAAUCGCCAAGACGCUCGCGGGCUCGCCGCCAAAGGAACCCAUCGCGAUCCUCCUCGCCUCCGCAAUCGAAGACCUGCACCACCGCAGCAACGGGCGUGCAAAGCUAAGCAAGAACUGGUUGAACCGGAUGAUUAACGCGCGGGAGCAAACGCUUACAAACGACCCGUAUCCGAACCUCGAGGCGCUGGAGAACUAUGCGGAGAAUACGUACAGCACGCUGCUUUAUCUGACGCUCUCGGCGCUGCCGAUGGCGAGCGUUACGGCGGAUCAUGUUUCAAGUCAUAUUGGGAAGGCGGCGGGCAUCGCGGCCGUGUUGAAAGGGUUGCCCAUUGUGGCGUUUCCGGCGCAGGCGCUGCAGGCCAGUUCCUCUGGGGAUAGUAUGGCGGCUUUCCAGGGAAGCGGGAAGCAGGGUGCUGUGAUGUUGCCGUUGGAUGUUAUGGCGCAGGCCGGGGUGAAGGAGGAAGAGGUGUUCCGACGGGGCGCGGAGGCGGAGGGCCUACGUGAUGCGGUCUUUACGGUUGCGACGAGGGCGAGCGAUCACUUGAUUACAGUGCAGCAGAUGCUGAGCAAUCUGCGGGCGGGACAGGACGUCGGUCAUGACUUUGAGCACGAGGGCGAGGAAGACCAUCAAUACGCUGCCGGGGAAAGAGGGCAGGAGUCGCAGCUUGACGAGGUGAAUCGGGCAUUUGGAGUGUUCAUGCCCGCUGUUGGGACGCGGCUCUGGUUGGACAAGCUGGAGAGCGUAGAUUUCGAUAUCUUCAGGCCCGAGCUCCUCCGGUCUGACUGGAAGCUUCCGUGGAAGGCCUAUAUGGCAUUUAAACGGAAGUCCUUUUGA